AUGGUGGGUAUAUGCCGCAAAACAUACUUUAGUGUGUACAAGUGUCCCUUCCGAGAGAGAAGCGAGGGAGUGAUUGAAUCAUCGAGGCGGCGGUGGUCUAAUGGCGGAGAAACCCCAACCGAUCGUCGUACAAUACUGUCAAGUCUGCGGAUUGCCCGCCGAGUAUUGCGAAUUCGGAUCCGAAUUCGAUAAAUGCAAACCCUGGUUGAUCCAAAACGCACCCGACCUUUACCCGGAUCUCCUUCAAGCAGCGAAUGCUAAAGAAGCGGAUAAAGUUGCUGAUCAGUUACAAUCCACUGGCAUCUCUUCCGCUGCUGCUGCUGGUAGUUCAGAACCUAAGCAAGAGGAAGUUAAACGUCUUCCGGGGGGGAAGAUUAAAAAGAAAGAGAAGCAAGAACUUGUCAUUGAAAAGGUUGUGCGUAAUAAGCGAAAGUGUAUCACCACUGUAAAAGGCCUGGAUCUUUUCGGUGUAAAACUAAGUGAUGCUUCAAAGAAACUUGGGAAGAAGUUUGCUACAGGAGCUUCUGUUGUAAAGGGGCCAACUGACAAGGAACAGAUUGACGUCCAAGGAGAUAUAUCAUAUGACAUUGUGGAAUUCAUCACAGACACAUGGCCAGAUGUCCCAGAAACUGCAAUUUUCUUUAUUGAGGAUGGAAAAAAGGUUCCAGCUGCUUGACUUGAAUGAAGGAAAAUACAUAAUAGGCAUUGCAGUAUCAUCUUUCCCCUUUGGAUGGGACUCUGUGAGAUGUAUCAUCCUGUCAAAUUGAGAAGUGCUGCUUGACAAAAUUCAACAGCCAGUGAGACUUUUCCCUCUUUCAGUCACCUGUUAGUCUUUUGCGAACAUAUUAUAGUUUUCCAGUUGAAGUGAACAUGUACGUGCAUAUAAUCAAUAGAUGCAGUCUGUAUAGUGGCAACAUCAAUGGUGUAUGCUAUAUUUUGCAUUCAGAGUAGAAUUUCCUUAACAAGAUGCUAUUUUAAUUUGUUGUGAUGAACUUGCUUUUCCACAGUUUA